AUGGCUUCGACGGAAGGCCUUGCCCCAGCGGGGAGCAGAAUGGGGAAUCGAUUUAAAAAUAUGUCAGGAUACUAUAACUUGAUACUAGGACACGCAAUCCUCGCAGUCAUAACCUUUCUCGUCAUCGUCCCCUCCGCGAUAUUUAUAGCCCGAUUUCAUAGAGGCACGAAUGCACUGCGAUGGCAUAUUUACUUGCAAAUAAUGACUGUGGCGCUUUCGACGGUGGUUCUUGUACUCGGAUGGUUUGCAGUAGGACCGAACCGCAGUCUUACGAAUCCUCAUCACGGAAUUGGUCUUGCUAUUUAUGUCCUGAUCAUGUUACAAUGGCUCGGAGGGUCCUGGAUAUACACACGCAAGCCGAGGACACGAAAGAGACAAUCUCUGAAACGAUAUCUACAUCAAUGGAUUGGAAGGGCAACUGCUUUGUUAGCUAUUGCGCAGGUUCCUCUUGGAUUAACCCUUUAUGGAAGUCCCCGCUGGACUUUCAUACUAUACGCUCUUUGGAUGGCUUUCCUUGUUCUUCUUUAUUUCAUUUUAUCCUAUCGACGACUAGAUUCACACACGGAUCUUAGACGACAGAGUAGCCAUGGCGGAACAGUCAUUUCAGACAAGAAGUCAAGCCGAUUUAAAUUUUUGGGGCCAUUGGCAGCUGGUGCGGGAGCGGCGGCUCUUCUUGGAAGAAGACGUCGAAGUAGGAGCAGGAGCAGAAGUAAUAGUAGGACAAGGAGACAUGAAGUAAUACCGAGUCGACGAGGUAGCGAUAGUUAUGUGGACGAGAAGUUCGAAACUAGAAAACGAAAGGAAAGCGGAGGGUUCACAGAUAAGCUCCUGAAAGGAGCUGCGCUGGUGGGAGCGGCAGGAUUAGCAAAGAGUUUCUUCGACAGCCGCAAGAGAAAAAGCGCCGACGAUGCAUCUGACUAUACCUCGGUAGCCCCAGAUACUCCUUCAAGAAGACCGAGCCGACGACAUCACCAAGAAAGUGUUAUCAGCGAUGAGAGUAUGAUGGAGCAAGGAAGAAGGCCAAGAACACCACUACUACCAGGUCCGGGUGAUCCAGUUUUGGCUGCAGCGGCUAUUAGUGCAGCUCAAGCUCCCACGACACCACGACCUGUCCGGCCGCAUUCUGCCCGAAGAUCUAGUUAUGAUAGUUAUAGUACAGCUAUCUACACCAUCAGCGAUUCUCCGUCGAGAAUACCCCAAAAGUCUAGUGGAGCAGGGAAAGGGCUGCUAGCUGGUUUGGGUCUCGGGUGGUUUGGAAAAAAGAUGGCAGAUCGUAGAGCAAACAAAGAGCAAGCUCGGUUAGACAAGGAGGAGGAUGCGCGAUUAGAAGAGGAGAGACGGAGACGACAAAGCAGCUCACGCUUCACAGGAGACGGGUUUACAACACCUGUCCGAAAACAAUAUCGUCAGGGUGCGCAUACGGACAUGUCCUCAGACUUAUCAUCUAUAAUCCCACCUGAUCCACAUCAGGUGCGGCCAGGUGUUUCGAAUAUACCGCCAGUUCCCGUUGCUGUGAGCCAGUUCAGAUCAAGACACGAUAUUACAGAGACAGUAGCAAUGCCUCCCGCGCCGCCAGAUCCACAAGGAAUACUUCACCAGGAAUCUGGAAGCGAAACCUACAUGUCUCCAGGGGGCCAUCCACAUCGAAGGCCAUCCGAACGAAGGCGAAGAGCAGGUGAUAGAGCAGCCGCUGAAGCCGUAGCCGCAGCAGCAGGCCUAGCAGCGGAAGAGGAGAGAAGACGGCGGAGAAGCCAAAGCAGAGGAGGAGCAGGUGCCGUAGACUCACCACCCAUAAGCGUCAAAGUCAAAGUCCACGGCGACAAAGACCGAAACGUCACGCUCCGCCGCCUCACCGAAGUCGAAGCAGCCGCCGAAAAAGAAGCUCAAAACGCCAAAGCGAGACGUACGAGAGCAGACAGUAUGAGCAGUCUCAGCGGUAGCGACGUCCGCUCGUCUCGCCAACAACGAUACCGUCGAAGCGAGCGCGCCGCUGAGCGGAGAGCGGAAAGUAUAGCUCCUCCUCCACCGUUGGAACCUCCGAAUCCGUCCUUCGCGGCCGGCAAGAGACCGAAGGAUAGCGCGUAUUAUAGUGGAAGACCUGCCGAAUCGCUGGGGACGAGUGUGGUGAGUCCUGAUAGCCAUGGGACGUGGAGCGAGAUGAGUCCUUCGGGGGUGGGCAAACAGGGGAGUGAGAGUCAUGAGGAUAAGAGGAGGCGGAGGAGGUUAGAGCGCAAUAGACAGGGUGCUGGGACGGGGAAUACGGUUGAUUUUACUUGA